AACUGCUCAAUGGUCAAAAUGUGGAGACACUGAUUUAGUAUAUUCAUACAUUAUCAUGCAUCUUCUUGAUUUUAAAAUUCAAAUAUCAUUAUAUACCUCCUUUUUCAGACCGCCUCUUGUAUUGAAACCUCUACAUGUUAGUCACUACUUCUCCACACCGCCAUAAACGUGCUUUCCACUUCCUUCUUCCCCAUUUAUAUAUAUACUCAGAGACUCUAAGUUUCUAACCCAAACCCUAAAAAUCCCAUCUUUAGUAAAUAUUAUCUUAGAUUACUGAGUUUGUUAUGUCUCCUCCAGCGUUGAUUGUGUUUGAAGAUGGUCUAACCAACAAAUGGAGCAACGAGGAGUGGCAGGGUCUCAGCGUUUCUCCCGGAGAAAACCCUAAUCCUAACUCUACUUUCAAUAUCUUGGUGCAUAAUGCGGCUAUGCAGAACCAGCUGACAGUUUCCCGCCCAUCUGUAAAAGAAGAAAGCUUCAGAAUGGUCUUACCUCUUGCAAUGUCUCCGCCAAGAGACAAAGCCGUGCCGCUUCCUGUUCUUCCCGAGCCGAUGAUGAAGCCACCGAGGAAGCUUAGCCAACAAGAAACUAUGUUUUCUGAAGAAGAAGAUUUCAAGUGCAGUGCCUUCUGUUUAUCUCUCCGUGGUUUUGGGAAGCAAAAACCUGUUAGGUCACCAAAAAGCGAUGAUUCUCCUAUAAAGAAGAAAAUGAUCAAACCGUCAUCGUUCUCAAACUCUGCUGUCUCCCUAAGUGCCUCGCUCGAAAAAUUCGAGUAUGGCUCAUGGGCUUCAACGACUGCUCCAGCCCGAGAAAACGGCAGGCUGUACUUCGAUCUUCCCGUGGAGAUGAUCAAAUGUGGCAGUGGAGGAGGCGGAGAUGUGCAGGAGCCAGUGAGUUUGGGUUUCUUCUUCGACAAGGAAACGGGAAGUCCAGCUUUGAGAGGCGUUCUAAAGACUUCUUUGUCGGUAAGGCAACAAAGAGGUUCGGCUGAGACGUCACCGCAACGCCGUGUCAGAUUUUCGACCACGACCUCUGUUUCAUGCCCGACUUCACCGCGUUCGUGUAUUACCCCGCGGCUGCUUAAGGCUAGAGAUGACUUCAAUACGUUCUUAGCAGCACAGAACGCGUGAAACCCUAAAAACAGAAUACUAUAAUAAAACAAAUAUUUUCGUAUUUACGAAUAAUAGGUAAUGUCUAUUAGAAGAUAUCAAUAUAGAGCGAAUAUUUGCGUUCUAUUUUGAUUUUGAGUCUCUGCGUAACCAGAUUAUAAGCAUUUAAAUUUUUUAAAUCUUUCAUCUUUGCUUCAAACAAUAAUGCUAUGUUCGGUUU